CCGGGCAACCGAGGAGCGACAACAAACGAGAUAGGACGAAGUUUAACAAGACAAGGGAUGGCCCGAAAAAAAAAAGCACAGAGAUUAACUGACGGGUUGUUAGCGUGAAUUUGUGUUUAUUGAUUCGUGUUAAUAUCGCAAUAAACAAGCUAAAGGUCUUCGCAGUCAUGAGCGACGAGUGUGUACGGGUGGCGGUCCGUAUCCGACCCCUGCUCCCCAAGGAGGUCCUCUACCAGCACAAGGUGUGUGUGCGAGUAGUGCCGCAGACCGCCCAGGUGAUGUUGGGCGAGGACCGACUCUUUUCCUUUGACCACGCUUUUGGGGCGUCAGCCAGCCAGGAUGAGGUGUACGAGUCCUGCGUUCAUCGCCUCGUGGAGUCCCUGGUCGACGGCGAUAAUGCAACUGUUUUUUGUUACGGACAGACGGGGUCAGGCAAGACUUACACAUUGGGAGGAGCGAACCAAGAUGAGGAGGGAGGAAUUAUUGACCGUGUGGCCCAGGAUGUGUUCCUAUUCCUGGCUGACAAGAGGAGGCAAAGUGAUGGUGUGGAUGUCACAGUGAAGGUCACAUAUAUGGAGCUGUACAGAGAGGAACUACGAGAUCUGUUGGAGCUGCAGACCAUACAGAAAGAGCUUUCUAUCAGAGAAGAUAAGAGGGGAAACACGGUGGUGGUGGGAGCCAAAGAGGUUGUUGUCACCUCAGCAGAGGAGCUGCUCAGUGUUGUGGAGAUGGGAAAUGCCUUGCGCCACACCGGCACCACAGGAAUGAACGUGCACUCCAGUCGCUCUCAUACCAUCCUCACCCUUCAGGUCAUCCUAUCCUGCCACAACAACAACUCCUCCUUAAAGUCUUUCAACUCCUCCAAACUUUGUCUGGUUGACCUGGCAGGCUCGGAACGUGCUGGCAAAACAGGGAACACCGGGGCACGACUCAAAGAGACUGCUUAUAUCAACACAGGCCUGCUUGCGCUAGGCAACGUUAUCCGUGCACUCUCCGAGCAAGGUAACUCCGGCAGUGUGCACAUACCAUACCGUGAUGCCAAGAUCACUCGACUUCUUCGUGAUUCAUUAGGAGGUACUGCCCACACUCUGAUGGUGGUAUGCGUAAGCCCCUCCCACCACUUUGUAGCUGAGACUCUGAGUGUCCUGCAGUUUGCGUCUAAGGCGCGUUACAUUCACAACCGUCCAGCAGAAACAUCUGCUCAAACAGAGGUUAGCUCUCGCCCUACUACAACUUGGUACCACAGUGAUGCUCGACUAGGGGAGCUGGAAUAUGAAGCACAGACACUGAGAGAGCUGUUGAAAGAGAAGGACAGAGAGUUGGAAAAAGAAAGAGAAAAGACUGGGCAAAGAUGUCAGGAGAGAGAUGGCAUCAAAGUGUCCUGUCAGACUGGGGCAUCUGAUCCAGAUAAGAAAGCAAACCCAGAAGAAGCGUCACAGUACCGUCUGUUGGCAGAGGAAGCUGCUGUUCUGCUUGCGGAUAUCUCAGGCCCCUCUUCAAGUCUUUCUUUCAGGCUGCGGCUGCAAGAUUGGCAGGAGAGACUGACAGCUGUCAGUCAUUCAUCUCAAACUCAUAAGGACUAUUCAAAAGCGGAGAGAGACGAACUGGACCAUUUUACCCCAUUAAAACUCAGAGAAGAACUAAAAAAAUGCCAGGAAGCCCUCCACAUAGAAGAGCAGCUGUUGGAGCAGAAAGAUGCAGAACUGAGACAGGUGCAAAAAGAACUCGAGCAACUCCUUCAAGAGAGGAAAGCUCACCUUAUAUCCUUAGAGGAAGUAAAGCAGCGCUUUCGUAUACAGACAGAACAGCUGGUGAACCAGCAGAUUCUGAUUGAUCGCCUCCGCAGCAAACUCAUGACUGCCUCUGGGGCAACAGUGGAAGCAGGGGGUUUUGCAAACUCAGGCAAGAGACCCCACAGUGUCCCUCUGAUCAGACACAGCUGCAUAUGGAGGCCCCCCAGAAAGAUUCACUCCAGUCCACCAGCUUAUACGCUUGAGAGAGUGAUGGCAGCUUUUAAGAUGCGUGGUCACCUCCUGCUGGCUGAGACGGAGGAAAAAGAUGAAGUGUACUGUCCAUUCCUAAAACAACAGGCAGAGAGCGAAGAUGGGAGAUGGGAUGAGAAGGAGGAGGAAGAGGAGGAGGAUGAGGUAGAGGAGGAUGACACAUUUAUGGGCAGAACGAGAUUUAGGUGUUCUUUAAACCAAACAUGGACCAGCCGGCAGAAAAAAUCAACCCUGAAGGAGAAAAACACAGGAGCAGAUCAAACAUGUGAUGGAAAGCCAGUCGUACAACAGGCUCAGAGAGCUACAGGUACCAAGGAAAACCAGCUCAAGCAAAGACAUAUGAGGAAAGCAAGAAUAAAAGCGAGUGCUACUGAGAGAAGGGUCCAUGAUCUGUCAGUCAGUAUGCGCCUGAAGGAGGAGCUCAUCAAAGUGCUUGACAAAACUGAAAAGGAAACACAAUUUUUGGACACCCAUGACAGGCAAAGUGAUGAUGGCAGAGAAGCCAGCGUGUUUGCAAGACUUUCUUUGCAGAGCCAGCGGGUGCGAGCAGAGAUGUAUCACAGCCUGCAGCACAUGAGGGCGCAGCAAUCACAGCUUCAGAGCAGCCCGAGAAACAGUGAGAAUAGCAAAAAUGGGGAGCAAAGUGCUGGAGUUUCAGCUAUAUGCAAAACGCAUAACUUAGAACAUAUAAAUGAACAGCUGUGUGGCAAUAGUUGGCUGGAAGAGGAAGAGGAGUAUGUUCUUCAGAAGAGAGCAGAGCUGAGGGAGUUGGAAGAGGAGAUGAGGAGUAGAGAGGAGGUUCUCCUGCACAGGGAGGCUUGUCUUGAACAGAAAAGCAAAUUAGAGACCAAGAUGCUAUGCUCCAGUCAGACUCUGAGUCAGGACCUGCUGCAUGUGUCGAUGCAGUUGGAGUCUCUGCAGGAGCAGCUGCAGAGUAACAGCAAUGUGAGGAAGAGAGCAGGAGUUACCAUAGAAGAACUGGAGAAAGCGAGAGACAUGUUUAUAAAGAGAAGAGACACUCUGGAUGCCCAGCUGAAGGACAACCAAGUGCUCACUGUGGAGGAAACACAUUCCCUUCUCCAGCUGGAAGAAGCUAUCGAAGUUCUGAAUGCAGUGCUGGAGUUCAAAAACCGCUUAAUCCAGGACAAAAAGAAGAAGCUGCUGGUCACAAACUUUUCUUUGCAUCAGUCACAAAACGCUGAACCCGCCCAAAUCUGUGAUGUCACCAAGAAACUUAUGGACCUGACACUGCCUGAGGCGCUACAGCUGCUUGUGAAAUAUUUCAACAAGGUUGUUUGUCUUCGAGAGGCAGAGCGCUAUCUGCAUUUGCGCUGUGAAGAGUUGGAACUUCAUGCAGAAGAGCAAAAGAUGGCGCUGAGGGAGAUGGAGGCUGUCAUACAGCGUCUGUCCCUGGAUGCAGACCGCAGGCUCACCCAGCAACACAGCGAUCACCAGCACAACAUCCAGCUACUGUUGCAGAAACUUAAAGAGGGUGCUCCAGGAGAGACACAGCAGGCUAUGCAAGACAGACUGCGGCAUCUGGAGAAAGAGCUGUUUUUCUACAAAAGCACCAGCCGGCAGCUCAAAAAGAAACUCAAAGCACUCCUCGGUGAUGCCCUGUACACCAAUGAUGAGCCUUCUUGCUCCCAAGAGCCCAAACCUGGUCAAAAGAUGCAGAUUUGUUCAAGUUCAAAUGAAUCCCAAACUCAUUCUGAGGAAAUACAAACAAGGAGACAUAUUGUAACAAUGUACACAAAAAUACACGCUGAGCAAAUAGACAAAAAGAUGCACAACGAUACAAUCAGAAAUGCACACCAAACCAAGUGCCCUUCCCUAUCUUCUGACUGCCAGUCCCCCAAAAAGACAGAAAUGCCUGAAUAUAACCAAAUACUCACACAGUCCCAGGGGAAGAGAGCAGGGGUUGAGCCUAAGGAAAGACUAGAGAUGACACCAGUCCGUUUGUGUCGCAGGGAUCUGAAGCAGAUUUGUCCAGCUGACCUGCAGGUCUCUGGUUCUGCCACAGGGAGGCGACAGUCUGCAGUGGAUACAAGCACAGAGACAAUGCUGGAGGACUCUAUAGAAGUCCCCAGAAACAGCGACAGAUGAUAUUUAGAAAUUUACUUAGACGAUAGAGCUAGACACUUUUGCUUUGCCACCUCACGCCCACAUGGACACACUCACUCAUUCAAAUGAAUGGGUGAGUGUGUCCAAACAUUUGACUGGCACUGUCAGCACUUUUCUUAUAUUUCUGUAGUUGUAACACAGUAGCUCAUUUUACAGUUCUCCCCAUCUGUAUCCACUAAAUUGUUACAAAGAGGUGGAACAUACUAAUAAAGCUGUUGUUGAAUGUUAUCAUUAAUUAACUAGUGCUUCAUGAACUAAAGUGCUUUAUCUUUCAAACUUGAUUAUCUGCGCUGUAAAUGGUUAAAGUAGCGUUUAGAUGCAGUACGUAUAUCGCACUAAAACAAUAAUAUUCUGUAGUGCAAUGCAGAGUUCUGAUGCAAACUUUGUGUUCACAUUAUAUAUUUAGUUGUAUGUUGAU